GAAAUUACUAAUGCUUUCAGCACGAACAAUUCUUUUUCAGUACCGAGGUACAAUUCUUUCUGGAAUUCAACUAAAACCAACCUUAAUAUAAAAAAAAGCAGCAAGAUGAUCACAAAGAUGGAAACUUAAUUUAAUGGCAAACUAUAUUCUUUUCUCUGUUUUCAUAGCAUUUCUUGUAUCAUUAUUGCUAUGGAAGGGAUCCAAAUCGGCCCAGAAGAAGCUACCACCAUCCCCAUGGAAGUUGCCAAUAAUUGGUCAUUUGCAUCAUUUGAUUGGUACCCCACCCCAUCAUGCCCUCACAAAAUUAUCCCAGAAAUAUGGUCCUUUGUUUCAUUUGCAGCUCGGAGAGAUCCACGCCAUUGUGGUAUCGUCCCCGCGGUUAGCGAAAGAGAUAAUGAGGGCUCAGGAUGUUGCUUUCGCGGAUCGCGGGAGAUUCCUUGCAUUUAAAAUCAUGUUCUACAAUUGUACAGAUGUUGCCUGCGCCCCAUAUGGGGAGUACUGGAGACAGAUGCGGAAAAUCUGCACUUUGGAGCUCCUCAGCGCUAAAAAUGUCCGGUCAUUCGGCUCGGUUAGGCAGGCCGAAGCCCUGAGGCUCAUCAGAUCUGUUAAAGCUUUUGUUGGUCCUGAUUCAGGACCAGUUGAUUUGACAGAGAAACUGACAGAAUACACUAGUUCCAUGGUGGUCAGAGCAGCAUUUGGGAAAGUCAGCAAAGAUGAACAGGAUGCAUUCUUGCAGCUACUUGAGGAAACAUUGCCUUAUGGCCAUCGUUUCGAGAUUUCUGAUCUGUUCCCUACUCUGAAACCUCUCCAUCCUUUGCUUUCCAACAAGAAAGGAUUGAUGAAGAUCCAUCAAAAGCUGGAUAGGAUGUUAGACGGCAUCGUCGAUCAGUAUCUCAGUGACAAUUCACUGAGAUCAUCAAAAUCAUCCUCAUCGGCUGAUCCGGGUAAUGAAGAUCUAAUUGAUGUUCUGCUGAGAAUUAAGGAUAGUAAUGACCUUCAACUUCCAAUCACAAAUAAUAACAUCAAAGCUGUGAUGCUGGAUGUAUUUACAGGGGGAACAGAGACUUCAUCAUCGACUGUGGAGUGGGCAAUGGCUGAGUUGAUUAGUCAUCCUGAGGUAAUGGCUAAACUCCAAAAUGAGAUCAGGACAGCUCUCAGGGAGAAGGAAACAGCUGAAGAGGCUGAUAUUCAAGAAUUGGGAUACUUAAAAUCAGUGGUUAAAGAAACUCUAAGGCUACACCCGCCAGUGCCUUUGCUGGUCCCAAGAGAAAGUAGGCAACAAACUGAGAUUGACGGUUAUAUCAUCCCGGUUAAAACAUUAGUCUUUGUAAAUGCAUGGGCGAUUGGAAGAGACCCCGAGUCUUGGGAUGAUCCUGAGAGUUUCAAACCGGAGAGAUUCGAAAACAGUGCUACAGAUUUCACAGGAAAUCACUUUGAGCUUAUACCAUUUGGUGCAGGAAGAAGGAUGUGCCCCGGAAUAUCUUUUGGCCUUGCCAAUGUGUAUCUUCCAUUAGCUCUUUUACUCUAUCAUUUUGAUUGGAAAAUCCCAAAUGGCCUCAACCCAAACGAUUUAGACAUGUCUGAAACUUUUAGCAUUACUGCAUCACGAAAAAAUCACCUUCUUUUGAUCCCCACAGUUUAUGAACCUUCCCUGUAGAGAAGUACCACCAAUACUCCUAGUACCAUCUUCAUGAACUGAAAGUAUUACUUGUGGCCGUGUGAUGUGUCCCUUAAUAACAAUAACAUUUUGUCAUUUAUAUCCCAUUAUCAGUUGACGAAUGGAAGCUUUAUGCACUAGCAUCAUAUAUCAUGUUUGGAAGCUUCAAAAUGGUCGCGUACAAGAAUGAAAGAGUGAAUCUAUAUCACAUUGUCCAGUCAGUCAUUCUCAGGCUGAAGAUUCUAUUCGCGACCAUCUCGAAAGUUAAAGAUAGUACAAGUAAACGAGAGUGGCGUGCUUGGAUGAAUAUAUUUCCUGAAUUUUGUUCACGAAGACCUUGUAGAGUAUUUGAAUUUCUUCUAGCUGUUUGUCUUUUCACUGUGAUCUUUGUCGGAGUUGGAAUAGUGAUAAUGUUGAUGCAGGGAACUUAUAUUCUUA